AUGGCCGAUGUGUCUGCUAUCGCCUCGCAUUCCCAGCAGCAAUUCAAAGGGUCACUUGCUGAAUCGUCGAUACCCCCGACACGCAGUUGUUCAAGGACACCGGCAACUAUGUCGCCCCCGCCUGAAACUAAAACUUGUGGGACCGUUUCCGGCGGCUGUCCUGACGGGCUAGUGAAGGAUGAACAUAUUGACGGUCGGGGGAGUAUCGAAGAGAAAGAAGCAGAGAAUGGAGGACGCCGCAGCCCUCAGCCAACUUUAACUUUGCUUUCUCUUUCGAAGCGCAUAGUCGAUUGCAAGUAUGCAGUCAGAGGUCCCAUUGUGCGCCGAGCCCUCCAGUUACAAAAGGGACUCAAAACGGAGCCGAACUCGUUCCCUUUCAAGAAAUUGAUCCACGUCAACACGGGAGAUCCACAAGGAUUGGGCCAGCUUCCGAUUUCGUACUAUAGGAAGGUCAUGGCUUGUGUCAUGUAUCCUCCCUUGAUGGGUGUUCCUCUUGGAUACAACCAUUUGGCCGCCAAUGAAAGUGAACCAGACGUGACAGAGUCGUUGUCUGCGGAGGAGCGUGGUAUCGCAGCUGCCGCAUCUCCGUGGUUUCCCGACGACGUCAUGGAGAAGAGUUGGCGUUACAUGCGGGCCAUGGGAUCGAUAGGCGCGUAUACGCACUCCCAAGGGCUCCCCUUGUUUCGUCAAGACAUCGCCGCUUGGAUGGAGCGGAGAGAUGGCAUUCCCACCAACCCGGACAAUAUAUUCCUUACCGACGGCGCCUCGUCGGCAAUUCGCCUUGCUCUGGAACUCCUCUUGCGCCAAACAAACGAUGGAGUUUUGAUACCAGUGCCACAGUACCCUCUAUACGCCGGUCUAGUCAUUCGUAUGGGUGGCCUCGCUCUCCCAUAUUUUCUGGAAGAAGAAACAGGGUGGUCUCUCUCGAUUCAGUCGAUUGAGGAAGCAAUGGAGAACGCAAAAGACAGAGGCAUCUGCGUUAGAGGGCUUGUUCUCAUUAAUCCUGGCAAUCCGACCGGCACAGUUCUGACCGAAGAAGAGAUCCGACAAGUAAUUGAUCUCUGCAGAAGAGAACGUUUGGUUCUCUUGGCAGACGAAGUCUACCAGGACAACGUGUACUGUGGCCUCCCGUUUAUUUCCGUCAGAAAGGUGCUGCACCAAAUGGAGGCCAGCGUCUCAGUCUUCAGUUUUCACAGCAGCAGCAAGGGCCUCGUUGGAGAGUGCGGACUUAGAGGAGGCAUGGUACACGUGGACACUGUUGAUGAGGAUGUCCGCAUGGAGAUGUAUAAAUUGGUCAGCAUGUUCAUGUGCGGGAACACCCUUGGCCAGUUAGCCAUGGCGUGUAUUUGUUCGCCUCCAAAGCCGGGAGAUGCUUCGUACGAACAGUUUCAGCGAGAGCGACAAGCAAUCUACAAUUCCAUGAAGACCAAGGCCAAACUUGUCCACGACGAGCUGAACAAAAUCGAUGGAGUCUGCUGUCAGCCAAUCGCCGGCUCCGUCUUCGGUUUCCCACAGUUUGUCAUGCCGCCAGGCGCUUUCAGGGAAGCAACACGGCAGCGUGUAGAACCAGACCUUCUGUUCUGCCUGGAACUCUUGGAGGCAACGGGAAUUGUAACCGUGCCAGGCAGUGGAUUCGGACAAAGACGAGGCACAUACCAUGUUCGAAUUUGUAUAUUGCCCGAGGAGCAUUUGCUCGUUGAUAUGCUGGGGAAGUUCAGAGACUUCUACAAAGCAUUCGUCAAGAAAUAUUCAGAGUGA